AGAUAAGAUAUUGAAUAAAAGGUUACUGUAUAAAGUGUGUACUUUAGUAGAGCAUCAACUUUGAACUGAGCUACACAUGUACAGCACAAAGAUGGGCUCGAAUGUGAAGAUUAUCGCCUUUGUGCUAUUGACAAUUUCAAUGUAUGGAGGUCUAUUCUUUGCUGUGUGGAAUCUACAUACUCAAAGUACAAACCAGCAGAACCAAAUCACAGAAUUGCAAAGUCUAAAAUCUGAGAAUGCAAACCUACAGAACCAAAUCUCUGAAUUGCGAGGCUUUGUCGGAGCUAAUCCAAACCCCCACUCGAGUGAUGAAGCCACGGUGAUGGACACACUAAAGCGACUAACUCGACAAUCCGGUUCCUCUCAAAGUGCUACUGAUCUACUUGCUGAUGCUCUGACAGAACUAAUUGAAAAGAAACUCUACACUAUAAUGGACUGUGAUAGAGAUGACGCUGAUAAUUUAACCGACUGUUCGCUCAAGCCAGGCUCAAAGGGGGACAAGGGAUGCCUGGGUGAUCAAGGUAAAGAAGGCUCUCAGGGAAUGAUCGGAGAGCCUGGGGUCAAAGGACACAUCGGCUACCCUGGUCAUAAAGGGGAGGUGGGUCCAAGGGGUCCUAUCGGCGAUCCCGGCCCAAUGGGGUACCGAGGGGUUAAAGGAGAUAUGGGCGAGAUCGGUCAACGAGGUGAGGCGGGGGUUAAAGGCGAGCGAGGUUUUAAAGGACAUUAUGGUUUCCCAGGACACAAAGGCGAGAGUGGCGGGCCAGGUGCCAAGGGGGUUAAAGGAGAUCGAGGCUUUGGAGGCAAUAAUGGACAAAAGGGAGAGAAAGGAAUGACGGGAGUGCCAGGUCCACCGGGACCUAUUCCCACUAUUCCCUCUGAGGCGUGUGGUGGUCUUGGAUGGAGGAAGGUGGCAUUCAUUGAUAUGACUGAUACUAGCCAAAACUGCCCUCAAGGACUAACACUGACUGGCUACUCAAAACGAUCAUGUGGUGCAGCACAUACAGGUAAUCACGCUUGUUCAUCAGUCACCUUUCCUGUUGGUGGAGGUCAAUACAGUCGAGUGUGUGGGAGAGCUAAGGCUUAUCACUAUGGGUGGCUACAUUCCUUUUAUGGGUAUAACCGUGCUUCACAUGGUAUCAAUGCACAGUACGUUGAUGGACUAAGCUUCACUCAUGGAACACCUAGGACACACAUUUGGACAUUUGGAGCUGGAUUAUAUCAACGUAGUGGUACUACCCAUGGAAACGAACGUUGCCCUUGUAGCCAAGGCAACACCUACAGCCCCCCUCCUUUUGUUGGUAAUGAUUAUUUCUGUGAGAGUGCCGUACAUUCUUUGUCUCCAAUUGGAAGUAACAUAUUUCAUGCUAAUGAUCCACUUUGGGAUGGUCAGGGCUGUAUCCAUGGCAACCCGUGCUGUCAGUUAAACAACCCACCAUGGUUUACCAAAACACUACCAACCCCCACAACUGAUGAUAUUGAAAUGAGAAUGUGCAUAUGGCAAACUGCAAAUGCUGGUAACAUUGCUCUUGAACAAAUGGAACUAUACGUCUACUGAUGAACUAGAGACACUGAACAUUGAUCUGACUCUGUUAGCUACUAGAUUGAUUUACAUACUGUAUCCGUAUAGCGGGUAUUUUCGUAUGGGAUAUUGUAGAGCAUUAUACGAAAAGAAUAUUCUACCGCAUUACGGUAGGUUCGCUCCACA